UCAAGCUCUUGGAAUCCUUGCUUGUGAUAUUGAGCUGAAUCGCUUGAAGCAACCUCAUUCAAUAUGGGAGAAGGCCAAGGUGGAAGUAGUGAUGCAACCGUGAAGGCUAUCGUCGAGCAGAUAGGCCGCCUUGCACCUGAUCAACUGGACCAAGUGAGGAAAGCUGUGCUCUUCGGGAGCAGUGCCAAUCUGAAGGACUUGGAUCGAUCUGCUUUCAUCAUGAAUCGGCCCAGCUCGCCGAGGGGACGGCGAGAGGGCUCUCCGAAGGAGAGAUCUCCAUGUAAUCGGCAUCGCGCACCAUCACCAUCAGAUGGGUACCCGAUGGAUGAUGCAGGGCAUGGUGAUGCUCCAAGCCGUCAAUCGAGUCGGAGGCUGAAGCGAACCUCAAGCGACACAAAUCAUCCCAUCGAUGCUCUACUCCGCGAGAAGGGAAACAAUUCUGAGCGCUAUUUGGUGGUUGUGUCUUCCCUUUCCUUGGAUUGGAAGGAGUUGAUCAAGAUUCCGGGCGUGAGCAACUACGAGCUCCGACUCCUUUGGCAUUUAUUCUUCUUGAGAUCUCGCAAGAUGCGUGUUGUUAUGUGCACAUCACAGUACAUUCCUGAAACCCUGAUCAGAUACUAUUUGAGCUACUUGCCUGGUGACGUGUCAGUGGAUGAUGCAAGAAGCAGAUUGACCACCAUUUGCUGCAACGACAUGACAGCAGGGAGUGUCACCAAGAAAUUGCUUGAACGACCUCGUGCACUGGAGCGCAUAAAAAGCUGUAUCGAUCAGGAGAAGGCUGCGAUGACAUGCUUCAAUUCCACUGAUGCGGAGGUUGAACUGGCGAAUCAGCUUGGCAUCCCUCUUUUUGGUACAGACACACAGGGAGCCUUCUGGGGAACCAAGACGGGCAACCGCCAGGUUUUCCGCGAUGCAGGCGUUUCGCACCCAGAUGGCAGCUACAAAGAAAUCUUUACUGAAGACGAACUAGCAGAGGAGAUCCUGGCCCUGCUGAAGCGAUGUCCUUGGGCUCGAAAGGUAAUGGUGAAGCUCAAUGACUCAUUCAGCGGGGAGGGCAACUCUGUCCUUCGGAUAGACGACCAGUUAGCAGAUGCCAUCAAGGAGAGCGAUGAGAAGGCCUUGCAGGUGAUUUUGGAGAAGCUGCACAACUCCCUCGAGUACGUUGCACCAGGUUUCAACUGGGCCAGAUAUUAUCCUCAAUUUCAAAACCUUGGCGGAGUUUGCGAAGUCUUCAUUGAAGGAUCCGCUGAAGCAAAGACUUCACCGUCGUGCCAAGCCUUUAUCAGCUCCAAUGGAGAUGUCAGGAUACUGGCAACGCACGAGCAGAUGCUCAAUGGACAAAUCUACACUGGCUGCAAAUUUCCAGCCAAUGAAGCCUACGCUAAAGAUUUGACGGCUCUAUCCCAGAAGAUUGCUGAGGAGUUGAGCAAACGCCAAGUCGUUGGCUACAUAGCUGUUGACUUUGUGUCGGUUCGACAAGAAGAUGGGAGCUAUCAGCAUUGGGCAAUUGAAGUCAAUGUGCGGAUGGGUGGCACCACCUUGCCAAUCAUGACACUGAACUUGCUUUGUGGACACGGUGCCUUCGAUCCCAGCACGUCUCAAUUCAUCGGUACUGAUGGCGAGCCCAGGUAUUACAUCGCCUCUGACACCUUGAGAAAACCCAGCUACAAAGGCUUGGUGAUAGAGGAUUUGCUGGACAUCAUCAAGCGAUACUCGAAGGAGAUUGAGUGGAACAAGAGACCAGAUGCACCUGAAACAGGUGCCAUUUUUCACCUGGUUACACUGCUCUCAGAGCUGGGCAAGUGUGGCCUCAUGUGUGUGGGCCGCUCGAGGGAGGAAGCUGAGCAAUUGUUCCACCGGGUUCAGGAAAUCCUGGACCAAGAAUGUGAGGUGACUGAAGCUGAACUCAGUUUGGUCAUCGAGGGGGACAGCUCGGAUAUGCUCAGCUGACCCGCAACCAUACGAGUGACGUGUAGAUAGCAGCGGUGGCGCUGAAAGCGGGCCGUACCCAAGCAAUGCGCGGUUUAGUUAUGGUUUUCCUC